UGCUUUUAACACUGGUGGGCAGACUAAUACCGUACAGUGUAUCAUAAAUGACUGACUUUUAAGUCUGGGGCUCAGAAGAGAGGGCUGAAAGUACUAGGAAAAAUGGCAAAACAAUUUGAAACAUAACACAUCGAGAAGAUUAGUGAACACGAAGUUCAGUAAAGGUAAAUGUAAAACUAUGAUAGAAAAGGGAAGCCAAAGGAGCAGGUACUUGAUGGGGGUAAAUCAGUCAGGCAGCAGCUGGCAUAAGAACACCUGAGGAAUCACACUUAGCAAGGACUAACAUGAUGACAGUGCUAGAACAAAAAGGCUCAGAUUUAUUCUGGUCUUGCUGAUCUGGUAGAAAACCAGAGCAUGACCUGAUUUUGCAGUUUUAUCCUCUCCAGUGUUAUCCCAUGGCUUGGAUUCAGUCCCUUUGUACCCUUAGUGAUCUCACUAUAAAGGACAGAGCUAUUCAGAGCAGUAACACCUCAUGUGCUUUUGCUCCAUUUGAGAUUGUGGGCCCUUGCAUUCAGUGGAGUAUGGAGGUAGGAGAAGGGAGGAUGGAAAAGGCAAGCAAGUCAUGUCAAAAAAUGAAUGUAGUCAAGGAAACUUGAAGGAUGAGUGACAUUUUGAGGGAGUGAAAAGUAGCCAGAUAUGAAGCCAGUGAUUCUAGAAUCAAUUCAGAAAAACAUGGGAAUCUGUUUUGAAGGUAAUACAUAAUUCACUGACACAAUAGCAGUGGCUCUCAAAAUGUAUGACUUCUAGGUUCUUACCAAUUGUUAAACAAAAAAAAAAAAGAGAGAAAUUUCCACUGAAAAUUAUGUUUAUAUUGUAUCUUUGUCUGUUUCCUUUAAAGAGAAUGAACAAACCCAAAAAAUUAUAUUAAUUUAUCUUCUACCUCAUAUCUUUUCCCCAGUCAAUUUCCAAAGCAAAGUUGGGGUGAGUCUUCCAUUCAGGUGCAUCUUCUCUUUAUGGUGUACUGCAAAUGUUCCUGGUAAGAGCAUUUCCAUCCAAGGCAGAUCUUCCUGUGGCUAACUGAGCAACUCAGAGUUGUCCCUGAGGAGCGCAGGAGCUGUUCCACAUUCAUUGACCUGCAUAGCCCGAGACACUUUGGCUGCUGGAGAGACAGUGCUGGGACUGGGACUUGGAUUGCUGGCAUACUCAGGAUCCCUGGUGGCCCUGAGCCUCUCUAGAGAGACAGGGCUGCUCUGACCCUCCUUGUGUGCAGCUCCUGAGCAGACAGACAUAUGGCUGUGACAGCACUGGAGACCCUGCUCAUGAGCAGAGAGCAGAGUCUAAGGGUAGGAGGAGCUGGAGGCACCUGUGCCCCCAGUGGCUCAGGUGGCAGGUUGAUUCAUCUCACACAUGCAAGUGGACCCUCCUGUCAGAUUUGAUGACAUAAAAUACUCAGAUGUGAGUAUUUCAUCAUGAGAAAUCAGGUUUAGGUGAUACCUGUCCUGAACUCUGGACAUUGCCUUGCAGUGACUGGAUGCAGGACAGAGCUAUUGCCUGUAAGGAAGCUUCUUCCUGGGAUGUGUAUCCAUUUUUGGAGUAGUGCGUAGUAACCAAAAAGGUGAGAAGUUGAAAGGAGUUGAAAAGAGCAAUAGAGGUCUGCAUCUACUUCUAGCAAGAGUUGUGAUGUGACCCUGAAGCAAGCAGGGUGGCACUCCACAGUAUCUGCUUGACAGCUCUGCCCCUUAGACCUUAGGCACACCCUUGUUGAUUAUUAACCAGGGCCGGGAUUUACCCUCAGCUGGCAACUCACAGCUCAACUCAGUGGCCCCAUGGGGCCACUCACUCUUUCACCCACAAGGGCAAGGGGGAGGGAAACAGAGUGAGAGGAGUCUUGGGGUGAAAUAAAGACAGUUAAAUAUGUAAAGCCAGAGCUAUGUGUGCAAGCAAAGCAAAGUAAGGAAUUCAUUCUAUCCUACUGGCAGUCAAAUGUUCAGCUGUCUCCAGGGCUCCAUCACCCAUGACGGUGCCAUGGUAAGACAAGUGCCUUAGCUCUCAGCAUCUCUUUCCUUCUUCUUGCCUCAAAUGUUAUUGCUGAGCAUGGUUCCAUAUGGAAUAGAAUAGUCCUUGGAUGAGUUGGGGUCAGCUGUCCCAUCUGUGUCCCCUUUUAAUUUCUUGUGCACCUGCAACCUGCUCUCCAGCAGCUCAGUGUGAGAAUCGGAGGAGGCCCUGACACUGUGUAAUUACUGCCUAGCAACAACUAAAACAUCUCUGUGUUACCAACGUUGUUUUCAGCACAAAUUCAACACAUAGCUCCAUACCAGCUAUUAUGGGGAAAAUGAAUUUCAUUGCAGUGAAAACCAGGACACACACACUUGUUGAAAGGUUAAAGUACAACAUUGAGCCAAACGGGUCGACUUGAAAACAUUUAGACAGGAUACCAUCAGCCAGGUUUACAUGAAAAACUGAAGUGGAAUGGAUGUGUUACUGGCGUCUUUGUCCUUUCAGGAACCAAUUGGCUUGAACAAAUGGUGAAGGAGUUGGCAGAUGCCAAAUAUACAGAAGAGGAAAUGAUGAUAAAUGCUGAAAAGACACUAGAGUAUCAUGCAGGCUGGUACAUAAUUAGUUUCAUGGCAGUUGUUUCCUACCUGUCAUGUAAUCCUGACAUAAUAAGUCAUGGGCAAUCAUGAAAGACUGUUCCUCUGCAUUUCUUGAUGUGCCUAUACCUCCAGACUGCAGCCCCUGCCAGUCUUCAAAAGUUCUCUUGCACUGAUCAUUUUGAUGGGUCAUCUUCCUACGAGAACACUGGGCUUAAAGCUCUCCUGGAACAGCCAUAGGAGGGUCCUGGACAGAGUCCAGUCCCUUUUUUAAGAGUCCUUAACUUGCAUUCCUCUCUGCCUGAGCUCCUGUGAGCUUGUGGAGACAGGCCUUGGAUGAGCUGAUGUCAUGGGAGUAUGUGGGCAGGGUAAUGUAUCGAUUCCCCCUUCAUUGCUCUGCUGUGCUCCUUUGUGGGUAUGCAGACAGCUUUUGCCAUGUAACCUAAGCCAUCCCACCAGCCUGGGCUUGGUUUGAAGGCUUUGAUUCUCCUGUGAUCAGAUCCACACUAAGUUAUUUAAAGGGGAAAAUGCCACGUAUGACAUUUCCAUUUUAGAGCAAAUUCUACUUUAGGCCCUGCAUUUCAUGGGCUCAUUCACAGAAGCCCAGGGCAUCUCACUACUCUUGCAAGCUUGUCUUUCUUGUUGUUGUUGUGGUGGUGGUUGUUGUUGUUGUUGGUACAGAUGAAUGAUCAGGGGAGUUUUAAGGCACAUUUUUGAAUGGAUCAAUCUUAAUGGAACUAUCUAAAAACUGAGUAGGCUGUUUUAGAGGACUAAUUUAUGGAAGCCUUCUCCAGAGUUUUACCGAGAUAAACGCAGAUCAUAGAAAUAAAUAUUAAAAACAUACCUCUUCUUGUUUAGCACUUGGGAGCAACUGUUGUGAAGCUUUCAUUCUUUGAAGUUGUUUCAUUUAACAGGGAAAGGAUCUGCAUGAGCAGAUCAGUGCACUAUGUAAGGGCCAGCUGGCACUGUCCUGUAGCUAUCACAGAAAUGCCUCCAGCCUCCUUCUGCACAGGUCCACAAUCAGGGAAGACCAGGUCUGGUCUUUGACUGGAGCUGCACAUUUCUUCACAGGUUCAGAAAGAGCAUUUCACACUGUGACAGAGCCUGUGUGUGAGAGAGAAGAAGAAUGGAGAAGUCCAGGAAAACAUUUGUUGGUUUGGUAGAUAAGGCAAUAGCAGCUUCCAACUCAAUGCAUCGUGAUGAACUGCUAAUUUCUUACAAGGGAAUUCUCUACCCUAGAAGUCUUUACAGUCCUGAAGUAUUCAAAGCCUUGGAGUCCUUUGAAGCCAGAAGUGAUGAUGUAAUUUUGGCAGGAUACCCUAAAUCCGGCACUAACUGGCUAAGUCAAAUCUUAACUGACCUGAUAGCCAUAUCUCAAAAGAAAACACCAGGCAGUGAAAGCAGUGCGCAUGCCGAGGAACCAGAAGAAUUCCCCUACCUCGAAAUUGGAGAUCCUGAGAAAUACGAGCGAAUGACCAAAUUACUUUCUCCGAGAUUUAUGGUUACUAAUCUCCGUCCUGAAAAUCUUCCCAAAUCUAUCUUCAAAAACAAUGCCAAGAUAUUGUUACUGAUUCGUAAUCCAAAAGAUGUUGCUACAUCUUAUUACCAUUUUUCCAAUGGCGUGGCUACUGUUCCCUCCUAUGAGACCUGGGAUGAGUUCUUCACAGAUUUCAUGGCAAAGAAAACGGCCUGGGGAUGCUACCUUGAAUACCUUUCUGAGUGGAACAAAUAUGCUGACAAAGAAAAUAUUAUGACAAUAACUUAUGAAGAAGUAAAAGAGAAUCCUGCCCUGAGUGUGAAAAACAUAGCUACGUUCUUUGGAAUUCCUCUGACUGAGGAACAGCUCCAGCUGGUGGUAGAGAGGAGCAGCUUCCAGUCUAUGAAGAAAAACUCAGACAAGACCCAUGGGUCAUUUGGCAAUAUUCUCUUUCGCAAAGGUGGUGUAAAUGACUGGAAGAAUCUUUUCACUGAAGAUCAGAGUGAGAAAAUGGACAAAGCAUUUGAGGAACAUAUAGCAGGAACGAAACUGGGGAAAAAGUUGAAGUAUGACUUGUACUGCAGAAGAUGAAGACAAGUGAAAUGUGGUUACAUGUUACAAGAGCAAGAACUUUGCAAGGCAGACUCAGAUCAUCUGAAUGCUAUACAUUGGAAAACUAGAUCAAAUAACCCAAGCACCUUAGAAUUACUCUAAGAGUCAUUGCAGCAGCCUUUAUAGUGACACGGCUGAGUGAUGAGCCUUUUGUUUUAUGGUGUGACCUCAGGCUACACUCAUUUGCUGAAGAAGAUGCCAACUAAUCAUAUUUACAAAAAACCUAACAGCCCUGUUCCAGCUGUCACCUGGAAGGAAAUGCCCCUUUUCUUUCUAGACAAAUUCAAUCCUUCUAGGUGGUUUCUAAUUAUUUAGUAUGCAGAUUCUUUUUUUCUUCAAAAAUGUUCCAAAUCAGUCAACAUCUUCAUAGAAAAUAUCACUAGCAAAAAUAGGGAUAUGACAGAAGCCUAAUGUCUUAUCUUAGAGAUAGAGAUCUUCCAGGAAUCAGGAGAUCUUCCAUGAAUUCAGCACAAACUAAAUCAAAACUAGAGAAAGCAGCAAGGAGGGGAAUAUGGAUCAGCAUUCUUAAGGCUCUCAAUCUCUCUGAAUGCAAAAUAUCAAGAUGGAUUUCAUAUUUUGGGCUGAUGUCAACAGGCAAGGUUCUCUCGGGGCCACUGCUUUCUAUAGAAGCAGAGAAUAGCCCAGGUUGAAAGAGGCCUUGAAAAAUGAUCUGGUACACCCUUUCAUGGGAAAGGGAGCCUGGAUGAGACUCUAUCUAGAUAUCAUAUCUUGAAAACUUCCAGUGAUGAGGAUUCUACCACAUUCCUGGAGGAUUUGUUCCAGCAACUGGUUGUUCUUGCUGUAAAGAACUGACUUAUUGUACCAAGAUUAAACCUCCCUUGUUGCAA